CCCGAGCGUGCGCGGUCGGCGGCCGGGCUGGCGGCCGGGCGGGCCCCGCGGAGGGAAGCAGCGCGGAGGGCGGCAGCGCCGCGGGGCCGCCGCGGGGAUGAAGGACCGGCUGGCCGACCUGGCCGAGUAUAAAGGAAAUGAAGAUGGGGAGACAGUUAUCAUCGAAAAAGACCAUUUUAUGGAUGAUUUCUUCCAACAGGUUGAGGAAAUUAGAAAUAACAUAGCAAAAAUAGCACAAAAUGUGGAAGAAGUGAAGAAGCAGCACAGCAUUAUCCUGUCAGCACCAAAUCCUGAAGGAAGAACAAAGGAAGAACUCGAAGAACUAAAUGAGGAAAUCAAGAAGAUUGCUAAUAAAAUCCGGGCCAGGUUAAAGGCUAUUGAGCAGAGCUUUGAUCAGGGUGAAAAUGCCAAUCGGACAUCAGUGGACCUCAGAAUCAGAAAAACACAGCACUCGGUGCUGGCACACAAGUUUGUGGAGGUGAUGACCGAGUACAACGAGACGCAGACGCUGUUCCGGGAGCGCAGCAAGGGCCGCAUCCAGAGGCAGCUGGAGAUCACUGGAAAGACCACCACUGACGAGGAGCUGGAGGAGAUGUUAGAGAGUGGUAAUCCUUCCAUUUUCACUUCUGAUAUCAUUUCAGACUCGCAGAUCACCCGGCAGGCCCUGAACGAGAUCGAGUCCCGGCACAAGGACAUCAUGAAGCUGGAGUCCAGCAUCCGGGAGCUGCACGAGCUCUUCAUGGACAUGGCCAUGUUUGUGGAGACACAGGGAGAAAUGAUCAACAACAUAGAGAAGAACGUGAUGAAUGCCACAGAUUAUGUGGAGCAUGCAAAAGAAGAGACAAAGAAGGCAGUUAAAUAUCAAAGCAAAGCACGCAGGAAAAUGGUGAUAAUUAUCAUUGUGUCAGUGGUGUUGAUUGCCAUAGUAGCUCUAAUAAUUGGUUUGUCUGUGGGUAUUCGGUGAUGCUUGGAUAACCUCAGCAUGCAUGGCUUCCUGCCACUGUGGCAAAAUUGAUGUUCAUAAUAAUAUGUGUAACUGUACUGCUUCUGAUACUUGGAAUUAUCCUAGCAACAACUCUGUCCUAGCAAGCACAUUCCAAGAGUUACCAACCUUCAGGAACUCCAAAACAUCUUCAGUGAAACCAGACCUUUUCCACAGAUGAUGCCUUACCAUGAUGACCUGUCACUAAUGGCUAAAAGUGAAAGCAGAAUCACUCUUAAUGUUUACUCACAAAUGGAGAUCAGAAUGUAUUUGGGGGUGUAUGGAUUUUACAGCAUAAACUAGACACUUGUGAGACUGAAACUUGGUUUUGAACUAAAGUAACUUUGGGUUUUUUCACAUCUCAGUGUUACAGUUGCAGUAGGGAGUUGAGAGACUAUUGAGUUUUGAGUGUUUGGCUUUUUUUUUUCCUAUUGCUAACCUAACUCUAAUCAUGACUUUAAGUACCUUGCCAGUGCUGCCUUUGUUAGCACUCUUGUGAAUAUUUUUAUGAGAUGUAGCCUUGUGUUUAAGUGUAUUAAUUAUUUAGUCACCUUAACCUAUUUAAACCUUAUGCUUUUUCUCCAACAAGUGCUAAAAUAUCUUAUCCUGACAGGACUACUCCUUUAACUGCCCUAGUGCAUUACUUGAGAAGAAAAAUGCAAAAAAGCUUUUUUACACUUGCCAGUUUUUUUAUUUUUCUGUCAAGGUUAACUGCUUUAAAUGCUUCCUUCACAGUUAAUAAAAAGUUAGAUGCAACAUUUCUGGUAAAAGCAUACAGCUCUGAAAUGCCGAAUUUGCACUUGGGCAGGUAAUUUUACAGGUAGUUCUUGUGCAAAGGAAACUGAUGGAUCAAUUUAGCCUUAUUGCUUACAUGGAUAUGACAAAAAUGACUUUGUAAAGCCAAAUCAAGUUUUCUUGUUCUGGAGUUUGCUAAUGUUGAUGUAUGAAUAUAGCACAGGGGGAUGAGCUCCCCCAGAAGAUCUGAAACUUAAUACAAACUAAGACACUGAUUUGUUAUGAAAUGUGUGUGGCUAUAACAUGGAUGAAGUGUUUUGGUGUACACAUGCCUUUGUAAUGCCAGCUUGCACCACUUGAAAGCUUCAAAGAAUUCAAUGUACCCAAAUAACUGCAUUUAGUGUUACAGGUUAUUUUUGUAUUUUUGUGUGUAAAAUAUUUGUAACUUGGGUUUGUGACUCCUCGUUGUUUAAGCAUAUCCUUGUAGAUAUGUAGAUACAUUUACACUCUAAGAGAAGGAGAGGAGAGGAUGAUUUGUGCCUUUUAAGCAUAGUCUAAAACUGUACUCAUCAAUGUGUUCAGAUAUUCAGCUCUCAUGUUGACUGCAGUAACUCAGUCCUACCAGUUUAGAAUCCUCAAACUUAGGUUUUGCUGAAAGUGUCUGAGAUCAAAGUUACUCAGUAAGGGAGAAUUCAGGCUUCAUAAAAUUCAGCAGAGUUUACAGUUCCUCUUGUAUGUAUGAAUAUUCCUGCUUUGCUGUCCAGGUAUACUGUGAAUAUGCUGGAGCUAUUCAGAUGUCAAACAUGUUUAAAGAAGAAAACAAAUAUUGUUAUUAUUAUUAUUAUUAUUAUUGGUCUCUUUACAAGUCAGCCAUAAAGAAGUCGCUUGAAAAAUUCGGCUUCAACAAUGAACAAAUUUCUUUUACCUCUGAGUCCAGAAUGCUCACUGAUGUUUGGGAGGAAGUUUACAUGCAAAGUAAGGAAGGAUUGGUUGCCUUAAUGCUCAUUCUAGGUAAAUACCUUUUAUUCUGUAGUUUUCUAGAUUUUUAUCAGUAAAUAUUAUUUAUACAGAUAUGCAGAUUAGAUGGGGGGGAAAUCACUCCUGCUGUUUUCCAGCUGGUUAUGUAAACUGACCCUCAGAAUCCUGUCCUGUUGAAUUUUUCUCUCUGUAAUGCAGUAAUUGCCCAUCAAGACCAGAAAUUUGAAUAGGCUACUCCACACUUUUUACUUCUUGUUGAACAGCUGCCUCAAUGAGUUUGUUUUAAAGCAAAACAGACCUUUUCACAUGGACCUCUUUGUUUGGAGGUCAGAGGGGAGUAAAUCUCUAACCUAUGCACUAAUAAACUCAUCCAGCGAGCCUGCUGUGUCUGCUUUGU